AUGCAUGGGAAGAGCCCACGGGUCGGAUUAUUGGUCGAUUCAAGACUCAUCACGAAACGCCAGUGGAGCGGGUGCUGCUCAGCUUUCAAGGACUCGAGUGAUGCUCUCAUGCGGGCCGCGCAGGCGGACCCCUCGGACAUAUGCUUGUUCUCGCAGACAUCGCCGCAGCUUCCGGCCGGCGGGGCCCAGUGCGCGCCGCUCUCCCUUCACCAUCCAUCGUCCACGCGCUCACGAGGAGGGAGCGGGACGAGCGAAGUGCAGGGUGGGGGGGGGGGGAAGUGGCGAGGGGAGGGGGGACCAAGUGGAGGGCAUCAGCGGAUGACGCUUCACAAAGCUCGCUCACGGAGUGUCGGCACGGGGGGCCAGAGCCCCCCCACGGUGAUGUAUGUGUUGUGCAUCAU